AUGAGUCACCUGCUCAGAACUGAACACAUGACUCAGCCCAGGGAAGCAGCAAAGGAAACACAGGGGCCCUCUCAGCUCCAUUUCAGUAACCCUGCAGGAAAUCAGCUGAUGGAGCUCAGCCUUCAUAAUGCUUCCCAGAAACAUCUCAAGAUCAGCAGGCACAGCCACUGCAAAAAAUUUUUAUCACCUCCGGCGACGCUCAUCUCUGGGAUCCUGGGCAUUGUCUGGUUUGCUUUAUUGGUCACCUUGGUGAUAAUGACCAGAGUUGUCUUUCCAUAUACUGAACCAAAGGAGCAGAUCCAACUCUCCCUAAACACAAAUCCGAAAGAUAAUAAUCUUUCUUCAGCACAGCCUUGUGGUUCUUGUUCAAAGGAAUGGAUGUCAUAUUCCCACAGAUGUUAUUACAUUAGUGGGGAGAAAAAAAAUUGGACUGACAGUUUGGAGUCCUGCAAAUCCAAAAAUUUUAGUCUGCUUUAUAUAGAGAGUGAAGAGGAGCAGGAAUUUCUGCAAUCCCUCACACAGUUUGCAUGGACAAGCAUCUUUCGGGAAAGCAGAGAUCACCUCUGGGUUUGGAAAAAUGACUCAACUUUCAAACCAAAGAUAAGAGAAGUUUCCCAUGUUGAACAAAACUGUGUCGUGCUGUCAUCCUCUGGCCUAACAGCGGAUAAGUGUACAGAUUUACAUACAUAUCUUUGUAAGCAUAAGCUCACCAACUAAAACACCUGCACUUGGAGGCGGUCAGGUAAUGCUGCAUUUUAUAACCUGAAAAUAGGAUGGAGAUUGUAUACAUAUUAAAGUGAAAUAUGUUAUUUCUUCUAAUAAUGAAUUUUUCAAAAAAAUUGAAGAAUAUUAGACACACUAAAGUACAAAUAUUACUUACACUUAUAAUGUUAACUUUUAUAACAGAUUACACAUAUUCAAGGACAGUUCCUGUAGAAGUGCUGUUACAUUUACCAUCCAAUGUGUUGUUGUCAAAGGACAUUGUGAAAUUACUCUGCUGGAAGCUGAAGCUUAUAAACUGAGUUUCCUUAGUACAACUAGGUUUUUUAUUUAUUAACUACAUUUCCAUAUAUGUAUACAUACACUUGCUCUUCCCCUCCCAAACUCUCUUUCCUGCACCAUCCACUCCUCUUCUGUUUCUACUCAGAAAUGGCUGGUCUACCUGUGAUAUCAACAAAUAUGGUAUACCAAAUUGAAAUAAGACUGGACACCUUCCCUCAUAUUAAGAAUGAAUGAGGCAACUGGUAGGAGAAAAGGGGUCCCAAAACAUAAUUAAAAGUGUCAGAAGCAGACACCACCCCCUGUUAGGAAUU